CCCCCUGAGCGAGUCAGCGCUUUCGUCAUCCUCAGUGUGCCCAUGCACGCAGCGAGAGGCAGCAGAGCUCAUCUCGAUAUAGCAACCUAGAGUGGCUAUGCCUUGCCACGGGUCAGCUCGGGAGCGUCACGCUCACGCAAAAGGCGCAGCUCCUCGCUGGUGGCACAUAAGAAGUGCGGCCCUGCUCACCCUUGGCGUCCCAUCGCCGGCCCUCAUCCGACGAGUUGCAUGCAAGUUGCAUGCUUCUCCCUCCUCUCUCCUCGCCCCUCAUGCCGCGCGAUCACUCUCUCCCCAGCCUCACCUCCCUCAGUGGUGGCAGUCUCAGCAACGGCAACAGUCGACCUUCCUCUCCUCGCGAGCUGCACCUCAGCGCCAUCGGCGGCGGCAUCAACGGACACUCCAACGGCGGCGGCGGCGCAGGCUCGACGAGCCACAGCGUCACGACGGCUCCUGGACCUGCGGCCGUGGCGCACAGCAAGGCGUUGGAUGCGCAGAUGCAACUGCACCACAACGCCCCUUCCACCACGCCCGCCUUCCUCACGCACGGCGUGCCGCCGCCUCGCGACGCCAAGCGCGCGCGCACCAGCACGGCCGACUACGCGGGCGGCGCAGGCAGGGGCGCCGGCGCAGCGGGAGGGGCAGAGGAGGGCGAGAGGAAGCCGUCGCCGCCUCAGUCGCAGCUGCCGCUCGGUGUGCCGCCCAUGUCCAACACGACGUGUCUGCCCGAGUCGGUGCAGGCGCGCUAUGAGUGAGUGUGGCGCGCCUGUCAAGGCCUGGGCCUGCUGGAGGCAUGGCUUGAACACGAUUCAUAGGCUCACCUGCCCCCUGCCUUUCGCCUCACCGCAGAGGCAUGAGCCGUCGCACCAGCGCCAUGGUCGACAGCUGGCAGCUCGACGACUUCUCCACCGAGGCGUACGUGGGGCGCCCCUCUUCACCUUCUUCUCUCUCUGUUCACACCCACUGACUCUCUUUGCCUUCUCCCAGCCUCGUCGCCGCGCUGACUUCUCGCGGCUACGCCCUCGAGCUUCGCGAGCGGCCGUCGGACAACAGCCAUCGCGGCAUCGGCGACACUCAGCUGCGCCAUCGCUUCCGGCACCUGCUGCGUUCGAUCUGCGUCCUGCGCCUCAUCCACGGCGUGCCACCCACGGGAGCGGCCGUGCAGCAAGAGCUGGAGCGCAGAGAUCCGCGAUGGAGAGUGAGAGAAGCACUGGGCGGCACUCCGAGUCUGCACGCCUACAUGAGCGUCGCACUUGCGGCGGGCCUGCGCAUUGCCUGGACGGACAAUCUGGGAGAGGUCACGGCGGACAUGUAGGGCCGUCGCAUAGCAUGUAGCUCUGGCAACUCGGCCCCCCACUCCUCCCGACUACUCGCUAGACAUCGCGUCCGCACCCUCUGUUUCGCCCCUCCGUCCCAUGCCAAACACGUCCCGUCACCCACGCUUAGCGCCCCCAUCAUGUCGAGCACACACGGUUGCACAUCGCCCAAGCCCCGCUACCGACGCAAUGCCAGCCUCGGUGUUGCCGCAUCAAGCUACACUCUUGCUCUGCCUUGUGGCUGCCGCGCGACCGGGGGCGCGAGACGAUAGGCGCGGAGGCGCGCAUAGGCUGUACCUGCCAACGGACCUCUCAGUCAAUCGCUCUCACAG